AUUCGUAUCAGUCCAAGCAGCUGGUGACUUGGUUUAAAGUCUUUACAGAAACAGAACAAGAUGAAAACUUUGCUUUUGUUGCUUCUCUUCUGUCGAGUUUCAUCAACUGUGAAACACUCCCUGCAAUAUUUCAUCACUGCAUCUUCUGGGAUAACAACCUUCCCAGAGUUUGUGGCAGUAGCACUAGUUGAUGGUGUUCAGGUGGGUUACUGUGACAGUAACAUAGGGAGAGCUGAACCCAAACAGGACUGGAUGGAGAAACUAUUUAAAGAUGACCCAGAGCACUUGAAGCAGUACAACAACGAGUGUUUGGACAGUCAACGGUUCUUCAGAGACAACAUGGAUGAUUUGAAGCGGCGCUUAAACCAAACUGGAGAGGUCCAUGUCCUUCAGAGGAUGAAUGGCUGUGAAUGGGAUGAUGAGACUGGAGAUAUCACAGGUUAUAAUCAGUAUGGCUAUGAUGGAGAAGACUUCCUUUCACUGGACCUGCAGACGUGGACUUGGACUGCAUCGAAACCACAGGCUGUCACCACCAAACAGAGAUGGGAUACUAAUAAAGCUCGACUACACUUCAAUCAAAACUAUUGCACCAAAACAUGCCCUAACUGGCUGAAGAAGUACGUACGCAGUGGGAGAAGCUUUCUGCAGAGAACAGCUCUCCCCUUAGUGUCUCUCCUCCAGAAGACUCCCUCCUCUCCAGUCAGCUGCCAUGCUUCAGGUUUCUACCCUGACAGAGCCAUGAUGUUCUGGAGGAAAGAUGGAGAGGAGAUUCAUGAAGGAGUGGAACAUGGAGAGAUCCUCCCCAACCAUGAUGGAUCCUUCCAGAUGAAUGUUGACCUGAACAUUUCAUCAGACUCACCUGAAGACUGGAGGAGGUACGACUGUGUGUUUAAUGUCUCUGGUGUGGAGGACGACAUCAUCACCAAACUGGAUGAAACACAGAUCAGAACCAACUGGGGUAAGAGGACCACCAUCAUCAUCAUCAUCUCUGCAGUGGUUGUUGUUGUUGUUGUCGUCUUUGCAGCAGCUGCUGGAUUCAUGGUUCAUAGAAAGAAACAAGGUGAGCUACCAGAUAGUGAGAACAACGUUGAGCUCUCUGAGGGACUGAAUCCAGGAACCUAGCACCUGAAUUCCAGGUCAACUCUAAAUACACUUGAUACUGAAUAACUGAAACCAUGUUAUUUUCUUUUGUGGGGCAGAUUCAUCAUAAUUGUGACGUUAGAGACCGGAUCAAAGUCUAGUGGAACCAGGUAGCAGAGUACUCAGUGUAACAACACGUUUGAUUUGUUUUAUUGAAAAAAUGUCUGUUUUGGGAGUAGACCAAAACUUUGCUCUGUCUUUGAGCUGCUCACAGCCCUGGAGCUUCUACAAUGAUGCAGUCUGACAGGCCGUCCAGAGACAAAAUCAGAAUGAGACAGGCAGGUACAUCAACAUUAUCGUGUAAAUUCCUGUUCACAUUGAAGCCGAGCUGAGCCAAUAAAAUCCCAGGUCCAUUACCGGGUCAUUUGCAUGAAAACCCUGCAUCAGCACAGGUUGUUCUUUAAAUGUGAAAGGCAUCUGGUUACAUCACAGUGGGAUAAAUAUGUUAAUGUUGUACAUGAGUUUCUCCACUAUUUUUUUACUACUAUGUGUCAAACUGCGUUUUUCCAAAGUUUAUAUUAAGUUCAGUCUAACUCUGUAGCAUUUAAUUUUUUGCAUUCCUAUAUGUUUUGAUAUUCUGUUGUUAAAACACAUUUUAUGUUUUUUUGUGUGUUUUUUCUUAUAGUAUUAUAGUGUCUCCAUUUUUUAUGUAAAUCCCCGCAUAAAUAGUACAAAACGUUUUGUAUUGCUCAGUGUCUAUAUGCCAUCUGUUCACACCUGAUGAUGAUGAUCUUUAAACCUGACUCACCUGAACUCUCACAGCAGUUACUUGUUCUCUUGCAGCUCAGUGUAUUGAUUGAACUUUAAUGUGUAUGAAGAUCCUAAUGAACAUGUUUAAAUGCUGAAACAAUCAUCUGAGCUGGUUUUAGUUCAUACUGGGAUUUAGGUUGACCUGACAGCUGACUGUGAGUAGCUCUAUCACUACUACUGUUCUUUUAGUUUACUUUAAAGAUAAUCAUCAGUUUAUAUGUGGAAUUACUGUCUUGAUGAAUAAACUGUUUCUAGAUC